CGCGUAUUUAUUUGGAGAUUUGCAACAAACACCGAUAGAAGGCUGAAAAGGUCUCAUGUGUUAAUCGUUUAUUGACGGUAUGAAAGAAUUGGGCCUCUAUGCAAUCUGUCGCUUAAAGCUAAGUUGAGGGUUGAUCUCUGUCCAUAAUAUUUAAAAUGCUGGAGUCGAUCGGACAUCGAAAUCCUUCAAGUAUGCCCAUUAGAAAUUCUUCGUAGCACUCUUAAUGCAUCGCUCGAUAAAGUGCUGGAAACUGAAUAGCCUGUGAUAUCAAAGACGGAUCAGAGUCAUUCAACCUAAACCCAAUAGAAUCUGGCUGAGUUUCACGAAAGCUUUCAUUGUGCAGUGAAAAAGAAAUGAAUAAUAAUUCAUGCUUAACAAAUGGGAGCUUGAAAAGCAUUGAUAUAAUCAAGAUAUAGCCGUGAUGUAGUGAGUCAAACUGACUACACAGCUUUAAGUAGACAUUGGUUGUUGAAACUGAGGUACCGCCAGAAAUUUAUCUAGCGGAAUUUGUUAUCGCUUUCUCGUUGUACUUGAAUUUGAAAUGGACAAUGAAAUUCUUCCCGGCCCGUCCAGUAGACCAAUUGAUGAAAGUGAUGGUAAUCAGAAGGUGAAUGAAGAAUGUAACGAGAAAGACUCAGUCGGUUGUUCCGAAUACCUGAACAACGUAUACGUUAUUCAGAGAUUGCAGACUAUGGCAAAUAGAGCUGAAGAAGUAGCCCGUCAAUUAUGGAUGAGUGGAUGGGAAGUUGUUAACUUUCAACGACUACCUGCCUGGUUAAAAGACAAUGAUAUGCUGUUACAAGGUCACCGACCACAACUAAAUACUAUAUGGGCUUGUGUUAAGUCAGUUUUUCGUAUUCAUACAGAGACGGGUAAUAUAUGGACGCAUUUUCUAGGUUGUUUCAGUUUUACUGUGAUAUCUCUAUUUAUGCUGUUCCAACCCAGCAGUUUAUUCCAAUGGCAAGAUAAACUUGUCUUCUCAGCCUUCUUUUUUGGAGCUGUAUGCUGUCUAGGAUUUUCGUGUGUAUUUCAUACAAUCUCUUGUCAUUCAGAAUAUGUUUCACGGAUAAUGAACAAGCUUGAUUAUGCUGGGAUAGCAUUUCUUACAAUAGGCUCAUUUGUGCCUUAUUUAUAUUAUACAUUCUAUUGUGUAUUUUGGGCGAAAGCAUUCUACUUGGCAUUGAUUGGAGUAUUGGGAACUGUUGCAAUUAUCGUUUCAAUGUCUUCCAAGUUUGCUACUCCUCCUUAUCGACCUUUAAGAGCCGGAGUGUUUAUAGCUCUUGGUCUUUCAGGUGUUAUUCCAUGCAUACAUGCUAUCAUUUGGAAUGGAUUCUGGUCAUCUGUCAAUCAUGGUUCACUUGGUUGGCUUGUUCUUAUGGCUGUAUUAUAUAUUUCUGGUGCUUCUAUUUAUGCAGCGAGAGUACCAGAAAGAUGUUUUCGUGGGCGUUUUGAUUUAUGGUUUCAAAGUCACCAAAUUUUUCAUGUGUUCGUGAUUGCUGCAGCAUUUGUUCAUUAUCAUGGAGUAGCUCGACUUGCCAGUUACAGAUUAUCAGAUGGAGAUUGUCGUCCACCGGAUGAUUUUCUCAAAAAUUAUGAUCUCUACAUACCAUUGGAUAUAUUAACAAAAAUUGUUGAUACAUCUGAUCAGAAAUAA